GCAGACUCGCUGCUCUCCGCUGUCAGGCAGGCUGACAGUAUGGCGGCGGCAUACAGCUGGAAGGAUGCUACUGCCGCCCGUCAUGUAUCCAUCGCCGGCAGGACGUAAAUGGACUAUUGACGGCGCCGAGAGCAGAGGAUUACGCCAGAGAGGCCCGUUGCCGUGAAGUCCCAAAAUGGCCCGGCUCGCUGACUACUUUGUUGUGGUCGGUUACGACCUCGACAAGCGAGUGGAAGGUGAAGGUGAGGGUCAAGGUCGCAUUCUCCAGCGGUUUCCUGAGAAAGACUGGGAGGACAGCCCGUUCCCACAAGGGGUGGAGCUGUUCUGCCAGCCUAGCGGUUGGCAGCUGGUUCCCGAGCGGCAGCCCGCCUCCUUCUUUGUAGCAGUUUUGACGGACAUCAACUCAGAGCGUCACUACUGUGCCUGCUUCACGUUCUGGGAGGGCCUGGACAACCCACAGUUACAGAAGGCGCAGGCCAGUGAAGUGGAUGAGGUGGAUGAAGAGCCAACGAUUAUUCAACCAACUCAGGUUUUUGCCCCCAAGAGCCUCGUCUUGGUGUCUCGGUUGGACUACACUGAGGUUUUCAGGAACUGUCUGGCGCUGGUCUACACCGUCCAUGUCGAUGGCAUGACUGUCCCCUUAGAGACUGUCAUUGGAAAUCUCCUCACAUGUGUCAUCCCGAUCGCCGGAGGCUCUCAGCCGGGCCAGGAGGAGAGAGGAGACAGUUUGCGGACCAUCACAUUAGGCGCUGGCGACCGACAGGUUAUCCAGACUCCCAUCAAUGAUUCCCUUCCCGUCAGCGGCAGCAGCGCAGCCCAGCUCUUCCGACAGCUUGGCAUCGUCAAUGUGCUAUACCUGUUCUGUGCUGCCCUCACGGAGCAUAAGAUCCUGUUCCUGUCGAGCAGUUACCAGCGACUAACAGAUGCCUGCCGUGGACUGUUGGCCAUCAUGUUCCCCCUUAAAUACAGCUUCACAUAUGUUCCCAUCUUGCCUGGUAAACUCCUGGAGGUCCUGAGUACUCCCACCCCUUUCAUCAUCGGCGUCAAUUCUUUUUUCCGCUCUGAGACACAAGAACUGUUGGAUGUCAUCAUUGCUGACCUUGACGGUGGCACCGUUACCAUACCAGAGUGUGUCCACAUCUCCCUUCUACCUGAGCCCCUCCUUCAGCAGACUCAGACUGCGCUUUCAAUGGUUUUGGAUCCGGAGCUGGAAGUUGCUGAUCAUGCCUUCCCCCCUCAGUCCUCGCAACCCUCUGCUCUCAAGAUCCAGGAUAAGGAGAUCCGGGCAGUUUUCCUGUGGUUGUUUGCUCAGCUCUUCCAGGGUUAUCGCUGGUGUUUACAUAUCAUCCGCAUUCACCCCGAACCUGUUAUCCGCUUCCAUAAGGCUGCCUUUCUCGGCCAAAGGGCGCUGACUGAAGAUGACUUCCUCAUGAAGGUGUUGGAUGGCAUGGCGUUUGCUGGAUUUGUGUCCGAGCGAGGACCUCCUUACAGAGCCACGGAUUUGUUUGAUGACCUGGUAGCCAAUGAGGUGGAGAGAAUACGACAAGAGGAGGCCUGUCCACGCAAAGUCAUGAACCAUAUCAAGGAGUUGGCUGAGCAGCUCUUUAAAAAUGAAAAUCCCUACCCAGCAGUGACUAUGCAUAAAGUCCAGCGACCGUCAGAAAACGGCCAGACCACUACACAGACUAAGGCUCUUUUCCCUGUGCUGGAUGAAGUUGCAGUGCAGCUCUUCAUCGACCACGCUGCCGCCAAGCUCAAGUCGGCACCGCCUGUGGUGAGGGCGGAGGUCAAGGGCAUGGUGCCGUCUGGGCCUGCACUGGGGGACAUUGUGGAGCGGAACAGCAACGUCAUGGCCAACAGCGCCCGCAGGUUGGAGGUUGUCAGGAACUGCAUCACAUACAUCUUCGAGAACAAAAUGCUGGAGGCCAAGAAGCUGAUGCCUGCUGUACUUCGGGCGUUGAAAGGUCGGGCGGCUCGCUUGUGUUUGACCCAAGAACUCAAUCAGCACGUCUUACAGAACCGAGCGGUGUUGGACGACCAGCAGUUCGACUACAUAGUCCGCAUGAUGAACUGCACCUUACAGGACUGUUCUCAUAUGGACGAACACGGUAUUGCAGCCGCCCUUCUCCCAUUGGUCACAGCCUUUUGCAGAAAACUGGGGGCAGGCAUCACUCAAUUUGCGUACAGCUGUGUCCAGGAGCACAUGGUGUGGACCAACAUGCAGUUCUGGGAAGCCAUGUUCUACAGCGAUGUCCAGAACCACAUUAGGGCACUUUACUUGGAGACAGAAGACGGAGAUCAUCACAACACCUCUGAUCAGCAGGAGGGAUCGGGCAGUGGGCGGGAGAUCAGCGCGCUGGAGCUGGCAUCGGAGCAGAGCCGCCUUUGGCCGACACUCAGCAAGGAAAUGCAGAUGGAGCGAGUGCAGAAAGAGGAAAGCACCGUGUUCAGCCAGGCUAUCCACUACGCCAACAGGAUGAGCUAUCUGCUGCUGCCGCUGGACACCAGCAAGAACCGCCUGCUCAGGAGCUCAGGUCUCGGAGACGUGGAGAGUGUCAGCAACAGCUACGUAACCAACAGUAUUGCAGGGAGCAUGGCAGAGAGCUACGACACAGAGAGCGGCUUUGAAGAUGCAGAGAGUUCCGAUGUGGCCAACUCGGUGGUGCGCUUCAUCAACCGCUUUGUAGACAAAGUGUGCAACGAGAGCGGCGUGACAAACGAACACCUGAAGGCUCUCCACACCAUGAUACCAGAUAUCGUUCAGAUGCACAUCGAGACGUUAGACGCAGUCCACCGCGAGAGUAAACGGCUACCGCCGAUCCAAAAGCCCAAGCUGCUAAGGCCAACACUUUUGGCAGGGGAGGAGCUGGUGAUGGACGGCAUGCGUGUUCACCUCAUCCCAGACGGGCGCGAGGAGGCCACGGGGCUGAUAGGUGGCCCACCUCUGCUCCCUGCUGAGGGAGCCAUCUUCCUCACCACCUACCGACUCAUCUUCAAGGGCACUCCCACGGACCCGCUGGUGGGGGAGCAGGUGGUGACUCGCUCGUUCCCCAUCGCCUCCUUGACCAAGGAGAAAAGAAUCUCUGUUAGCGCCGCUAUGGACCAGUUUGCCUUGGAGGGACUACAGCUACGGUCCUGCACCUUCCAGUUAAUGAAGAUCGCCUUCGACGAGGAGGUCGCAGCCGACCUGGCGGAAGUGUUCAGGAAACACAUCCACAAGCUACGAUACCCACAGCAUGUGCAGGGGACGUUCGCCUUCACAGUGGGUCAGAGUGGCAAGCUGGUAGUGGAGCACAAGGCCAAGGACAAAAACCAGUCACUCAAGACACUUUCUAAAAACCUGGUGAAGAGCGCCAAGAGGACCAUCGGCCGGCAGUAUGUGACGAAGAAGAAAUACUCCCCUCCUACUUGGGAGAACAGGAGCAGCUUCCAGUCGGAGCUGGAUGAGGAUGAAAUUUCAGUUUCAGAAGAGGUGGAUCAGAGCUCCCUCACGCUCUCCUCCACCAUUCGCUCUUCAGACAGACAGACCAUGAGCAACGUGGUGGAGAGAGCGUGCUGCCGCGACUACCAACGCUUGGGUCUGGGCACGCUGAGCAACAGCCUGACCCGCUCCAAGAACGAACCCUUUAGAAUCUCAACGGUUAACCGCAUGUAUACAGUCUGCAGGAGCUACCCCGGGCUGCUCAUUGUCCCGCAGAGCAUCCCGGAUUCAACCCUUCAGAGAAUCUGUCGCUGCUACCGCCAAAACCGCUUCCCCGUGGUAUGUUGGAGGAAUUCUCGGACAAAGGCUGUCCUCCUGCGCUCUGCAGGCCUCCACGCAAAGGGGGUGGUGGGCUUCUUUAAGUCCUCAAAUGCCCCCACAUCAGUACCCUCACAGGCAGACUCCACCAGUCUGGAGCAGGAGAAAUACCUGCAGGCCAUUAUCAGUUCAAUGCCGUCGUACAGCGAGAGCACUGGCAGGAACACACUCAGCGGAUUUACCUCCACCCACAUGAACGCAUCAGACUCAUCAGAUAAGUUGCGGCAGCCAAAGAUUGGCGCUCUGAUGAAGCAGGUGAUGGGCAGCAAGGACGACGUGCCUGGAACGUUCAGCCGAGGAGCUCUUGGUCAAAGGGCCAAAGUCAUCUCCCUCUCUCAGCCCAAAGUGUCUGGCAAGGCCAGGAACUCUACCAGAGGUAAAUGGGGUAGUAUCCGAGGCAGCGGGCGUCUCAGCACGUAUAACCCAGAUGUGGGAACAAGGCUCGCCGGGAAAGAGUCGCCGCAGCCCAACGGAGGACUGAGCGAGGCGCUGUUUCUCCGCCAGCACAAGGCCUACCUCUACAUCAUUGGAGACAAAGCCCAGCUCAAGGGCGGGAAGCAGGACUCCUUCCAACAAUGGGAGGUGGUUCCCAUCGAGGUGUGCGACGUGCGGCAGGUGAAGAACAGCUUCAAGAAGCUGAUGAAGGCCUGUAUGCCGAGCUCCACUGUGGAUUCCAGCGUGUACUUCCUGCGCUGCCUGGAGGAGUCCGAGUGGAUGGCGUUGCUCCACAGGGUUCUGCAGGUGUCGGUUCUGGUGGUGGAGCUGCUGGACACGGGGUCGUCUGUCAUGGUCAGCCUGGAGGACGGCUGGGAUGUCACCACCCAGGUGGUGUCCUUGGUGCAGCUGCUGUCCGAUCCAUACUACAGAACCUUUGACGGGUUCCGGCUGCUUGUGGAGAAGGAGUGGCUGUCAUUCGGCCACAGGUUCAGCCAUCGUGGCGCCCAGACGUUAGGCAGCCAGAGCAGCGGGUUCACUCCCGUAUUCCUGCAGUUCCUCGACUGCGUGCAUCAAAUUCAUCUGCAGUUCCCCAUGGAGUUUGAGUUCAGCCAGUACUACUUGAAGUUCUUGGCCUAUCAUUACGUGUCCAACCGCUUUCGCACAUUCCUGCUUGACUCGGAUUACGAGCGCAUCGAAUUAGGAGUGCUCUAUGAGGAGAAAGGCGAGAGGAAAAGUCCUCAGGUGUGCAAGUCCGUGUGGGACUACAUAGACCGCCUCAACAAGAAGACGCCGGUCUUCUUCAAUUACAUGUUCUCACCUGAAGACGAGGAGGUUCUGCGGCCGUACGCCUUCAUCUCCAACCUGAAGGUGUGGGAUUUCUACACGGAGGAGACUCUCUCCGAGGGCCCGUCCUAUGACUGGGAGCUGAGGGGCCGGCAGGAGCGGGCGGCGGAGGAGACGCCUGAAAGGCCCGACAGCGGCGGACCCAAAUCAAAGAGGCGCAUCGUGUGGCCCUGCUAUGACAGCCUGAGCAAAGCGGUGCCCGACGCCAUCACCAAACUCCUGCAGGACCUCCAGGCUCUGGAGGCGGAGCUUGGCCAGGUAUCGGAUAAGUGGAAGGACACUUGGGAUAAAAUCAAGGCCACUCAAAGGAAUGAGACCAAACUGGAGAGCAAGCCAUCAUUCUCCAGCUCGCUGCUCAUGUCCUCCAACCUGAGCCACCAGAGACGCUCUCAGGGUGUCUACCUGCAAGAGAGCAGCGUGGGCUCCUCCAUCAACUUGGCGCUAGAGUGCGAGGCCAGUGCCACCUCCACGCCGGUGCCGGGCCGGCCGAGCACCAGCACACUCUACAGCCAGUUCCAGAGCUCGGAGAGCGAGAACAGAAGUUUUGAAGGCAUUUUAUUCAAGAAAGGCGCCUUGCUGAAACCAUGGAAACCACGGUGGUUUGUUUUGGACAAGACAAAACAUCAGCUGCGCUACUACGAGAGCAGGCAGGACAAAGAGUGUAAAGGUGUGAUCGAGCUGGCUGACGUGGAAUCGGUCAUUCUGGGAACGCCUGCCAUGGGAGCGCCUAAAAACAUAGACGAGAAAGCCUUCUUUGAUCUCAAGACAACCAAACGAGUGUACAACUUCUGUGCCCAGGACAGCCUCAAUGCUCAGCUAUGGAUGGACAGCAUUCAGAGUUGCCUGUCAGACGCCUAGACGGGAGGCGGGAUCUAGCAUCCGUACGCCUCCUUCUGAGCUGCAUCUGAAAUAAUAUCUCAGUGUUUUUUCUUUUUUUUGUUAUAAAUUAAGAAAAAGAAGACAGGAAAAAAAGAUGAAACAUUCCACGGCAUGAAGAUUCUUCCCGACCCUCCUGUGAAAUCUUACUAACGCUCCUUUCUUGCUUUACACGAAACACUCCGGGGAGGAAUGACGGAGGAGCAGUGGUCGAAAUUUUUUUUAUUUUUUUUUUUUUACAUUGAGCGCACUUAUUUUUUGUGCUCUGUGACGGUUCAUGAAGGAUACUUUUUUCCCCCCACAAUCUCACGCCAGUACCAGAGAAAUACUGUGAAAGUCGCCAUGGAGAGUGUUUACAAAGUGGACAAAACCUCCCUCCUUUCCGCAAACCACUAGAUUUUAAGGGAUGGAGUUCCUUGGUGACAUUAUGGGAUGGGACAGACAUAGGACAGCAGUGUUAUGAGACGACAUACUGUAUGUCCGUUCUGGUUGCUGACUUUCCCACAAAAGUGCAAGACAAGCAGAAAUGGUCAUACAUAUGCAAGGACUGCGUCAAAAUACUGGAAUUCUCCCUUUAAAUGUCUGCUCAUCACCCGGUGUGUGUGUGUGUGUGUGUGUGUGUGUGUGUGUGUGUCUUCCACCUGUGUCGUCUGUUACUUAAAUAAGCACACACGCACGCACUCAUUAACAACCCCUGCCGCCCCUGCUUUGUAAAAUAUACUGCUGUCUUCGUUGAAGCAUUUUAUCUCCUUUUUGUAUAUACUACUCCAGAUUUGUAUGUAACGUUUAUAGUCGUAAUUUAUUUAACUUCUCCCUCAAAAAUGUUCCUCAAGCACCACUUUUUUAAGUUAGGAAUUCAAUGUGCCAUUGGUUUAUUUCUGUAUUAAUGUGACUAAUGCUUUUUUUUUAAAACACCCAUCUCCACACAUUGUGUAUGUGUGUGUGUGUGUGCGUGUGUGUGUGUGUGCGCGCGCGAGUGUGUGAAAGCCUGUUGGCGACUUUUUUUUUUUUAAUGGCUGGUUGGAUCAAAGUGUUGGUAGAACACGGUUGAAAUAAAUGUUCUCACACAUGAAUCUGCUGCUAAUGACUUUCCACUAAUGAGAAAUCUAAAACUGGAAGGCUCUUAUUUCAUGUAUGGAUUGCAUAUCUUUGUGUGUGCAUAAAUGUAUGAUCUGCGUAUACCGGGGGUGUGACCAGAUGAGAUGAUACACAAGAUUGGGUCUACAGCCAGUUUCUUCACCCAAUCAGAUGACAGAUUCCUCUCACAGGGCCAGCUGGCCGGCCCCAGUGACAUCAGUACAUUUCUGUUCUGAUGAGUUGAUCUGAACUUUGACAAGCCAAGUUACGCCCAGACCAGCUGAGAAGGAGGAGGAAUGACAUAUCUGGUGAGUAGAUUUUGCUUAUUUAUAUUUUGUCAUGUUAUUAGAUAAAUCCAGGUGAGGCUUCUAUUUAUACUCAUUACACAGUUACCA